AUGGAUCAAACACGACAUGUGAUACUCAAAAAAUUGGAAUUUGGGAAAAGAUAUGAGGCGCGAUUUGGUGAAAAUCAGGGGAAAUUGACACGUUUUGAUGUUCCACAAUGUCGAGAAAUGGUUGAUGAUAUGACCAUGUGUGGUAAGAAAUUUGGGAAAUUUUGGACCCAAAAAUAGUCUUCCCAAGGCUUCCCAAGGCUUCCCAAGGCUUCCUAAGGCUUCCCAAGGCUUCCCCAGGCUUCCCAAGGCUUCCCAAGGCUUCCCAAGGCUUCCCGAGGCUUCCCAAGGCUUCCCAAGGCUUUUUUCUAUGUAUUUUUUUUCAACAAUUUUUAUCUGAUCUCAAAAAUCUUGAAACCAAUUAAUCUUAUGCCAACAUCAAAUGAGGUUCUCCCCCUUUUUCUACUUUUUUUAUGUGAGGAGUAAGUACUUGCUUUAUUUCUGGUAGUUAGGGGAAAUCUAGGAAAUUGAAUGAAAAAAAAAAGGAGAGGGGUCUUUUUUGAAAAUAGACCACCCACGAAGUUUUUGGGGACCAUCCAAUUUGCAAAAAAUAUUUUGAAAAAGUAUGAUUUUUUUGGGGAUUCUGAAAUUUAGAUGAAGAUCAUCUGGGUUUUUUGGACCACCCAAGAAGUUUUAUGAAGACCACCCAAGAUAAAAAGUGUUUCUGGGAUCUAGAUGAAUGUUUUUAGACCACCCAAGAAGUUUUAUGAAGACCACCCAAGGUGAAAAAAAGCCUUUAUAUCUUCUAGGAUCAAGUUAACACUUUGGCAUGUUUUUCGGACCACCCAUGAAGUUUCUAGGGACCAUCCAAGAUGAAAAAAAAAAUUUUGAAAAAAUUUGAUUUUUUUGGGAUUCUGAAAUCUAGAUAAAGAUCACCUGGGUUUUUUGGACCACCCAAGAAGUUUUAUGAAUACCACCCAAGAUGAAAAAAGAAUUUAAAUCUUCUGGGAUCAAAUAACCAUGUUUUUUAGACCACCCAAGAAGUUUUAUACAAAACGCCCAACUUGAAUUUAAUUUUUUGAGACCACCCGGUUUUUUUUCUUCCAGAAGCGAUCCAGAAUCUAGAAAUUAUUUGGACCACCCAGGUUGUUUUUUGAAAAACUAAUAUGACAAUUUAAACGGACCACCCAGAAUUCAAAAAUUCAGCUGAAAAAUAAACUUUGCACCAAAAAAAUCCCAAAUUUUUCCAGCUCCGCCACCAGUUUCUGCUCUCCAAACCCAUUGGAACGUCACCAAUCCCAACGGCUAUGCACUUAUGAUAACUUGGACCUACAUGACAGAUCAAGAGAAUAUUUCACUCACCGAAACCAACGCCAAACUCUCAAUGUCUCACUUCAAACUCCAAUUAAAUCCCCUAAUCACCCCAGACAAUGAGAAAUGCGAAAAAUUGGAAUCGAUUCGUCGUGACGUCACUUGGACACAUCGACAAGUCCAAUUCUAUGUUCCAGACGCUGAAUGCAAUUAUGAGGCUGAAAUUUCAGCCGUGGAUUCGAAGCAGCGACAAAGUGAGAAUAAGAAGAUCAAAAUCUCAAGGAUUAAUGAACCAUCGACAAUGAAUUUGUUGUUUUUGCGAUCCGAUUUAUCGAUUAGUAUCGGAUUUAUUGGCAUUUUGAUUGUGCUGAUGUUGCUCGCAUUUUUGCUGAUGGUUUUUGUUGUUCAGAGAGGGAGGAAGACAGCGCCGAAAGUUGUUGAGGAAUAUGCACCGCCUGGUGAUCGAUUGGUUUAUGCGUAUGUUGGUGAGUUUUUCAGGGCUUUCUUGGGCUUUCUGAGGCUUUUUAAGGCUUCUGGAAACUUCUCAAGGCUUCUGAAGGCUUCUCAAGGCUUCUGAAAGGUGCCCAAGGCUUCCCAAGGCUUCCCAAGGCUUUCCAAGGCUUCCCAAGGCUUCCCUAGGCUUCAGAGGGCUUCCCAAAGCUUCCCAAGGCUUCUCAAGGCUUCCCAAGGCUUCCCAAGGCUUUGUAAGAUCUACAAAUUCCUCAGAGCCUACAGUAAGACAUAUUGUGAUCUACAGUAUCGAUUUUCUAGAUUCCGUGAAAAUUUAUCAGAUAAUUUUCAGUUCUAGAACAUUUUCAAGGGUUUCAGAUUCAUUUAAUCUGAAAUUUUGGAUUUUAAGCUGAAUUUGGGCGUGAUUCGAUUACUGUAGAACCUGCAGAUCUAACUAUAGGGAGAAUUUGGACAGAUAUCUAAGCUACAGUAAUCAAACUGCAAAAUCAUACAGUAGUUUUUUUGUCAAAAACCUCUGAAAUUAUAAUGGCCUACAGUACACAGAUUUUUUUGAUAUAGAGUACGGUAGAAAAAAACCUGCAGAUCUAACUCUGGGAAGAAUUUGGCAGUUGGUAAAUUUACAGUAGGAUCUACAGUAAGAAUUACUUCCCUAGUGAAAGAAGAGUUCAACAGAAUGUUGAAAAACUACAGUAGUCAAACUGCAAAACCCCAUAGUCAACAUGUGUUUUUAACUAUAAAAUAGAGAGAGAGAGAGAGCUACAGUAAGCGGACUACAAAAAUUUAGCUCACAAUUUUUUGAUGAAUAUUUUUCCUGUGAAUCUAUAGGUUUCUCGGGUUACUGUAAUCGUCAGAAUCUUAAAUUUAACCGAAAUUUCAGAGAUUUUGAAUCAAUUUUCAGAUUUUCAAGCUCCUCAAAUAAAAAUUUUCCAGAUUCCAACGACUCUUCCAAAACAAUCAUCGGCGUCAGAAAUUUAUCAAAUCGAUCAGAACCUCCAAAAUAUGAGCCAACGGUGAGUUUCAAGCUCAACAUCCCAAGGACCUGCUUAAAAAAAAUCAAUAAUCUCAAUUUCCAGACUCAAAUCGAUUCAUAUCUUCGAAACACUCUUCACAUCUACCACAACAAUGACGAUGAUUCAUACGAAACAAUUCCAGAUUAUCGAAAUAUCUCGAUUUCUAGCGAGACUUCCAGUCAAGCUGAACCAUAUUAUUCACCACCACAACAUCGGAUGGAUCAAAUCAUCACGCCAGCCAUCUCCAACAUUGAGCAAUAUAAUUUGAUCAAAUCUCGAGCGAUUCAAGAUUUUCAGCUGACCAAAAUUUGUGUGCCUGAAGGCAAUCCGGCGUGGCGAAUGAUUAAUGUUUUGGAUGUGAUUGGUGGUGGAAGUUUUGCCAUGAAAUUUGCCAAGGAUUCGAGUGAGUGAGGGUUACUGUAGUUUUUGUAGAUCAGAAAAUCUUUCGUUUCAGAUUUUGGGCUACUGUAGAUUCUUUUCCAGAAAUUUGAUUUUAUAGAUCAAAUCUUCGUUUUAAAAAUUGAUAAACGUUUUUGGAUUACUGUAAUUUUGCUAGGGUACUGUAGAAGACCUCGGUUUUAACCUAACAAAUUUUUGUAUCAGAUUUUGGGUUACUGUAGAUUUGAUGCUAAAAAUUUUAUCUACGAACUUCGUUUUGGGUUACUGUAGAUGAACAACAUUGGAUUACUGUAUUGAUAAAGCAUUACAGCAGGAUUUUUUGUAGAUCACAAAGCUUUGAGGUUACUGUAGAUUUUUUUUCAAAUCCAAGGAUUACUGUAGAUCAAAUGUAGGUAAUCAAAUUUUUUUGUAAAUCAUGAAGCUCUGAGGUUACUGUAGAUUUUCCAUAUCCAAGGAUUACUGUAGAUCAAAUUUAGAUGGUCAGUAUUUCUGUAGAUCACGAAGCUUUGAGGUCACUGUAGAUAGUUUUCAAAUUAUGACAGUCCAAGGAUUACUGUAGAUCAAAUUUAGAUGGUUAAAUUUUUUUGUAGAUCACAAAGCUCUGAGGUUACUGUAGAUUUUUUUUAAAUUCUGAAAAUCCAGGGAUUACUGUAGAUCUAAUUUAGCUUGUUCAGUUUUUUUUGUAGAUCACGAAGUUUUGAGGUUACUGUAAAUUUUCAAAAUCCAAGGAUUACUGUAGAUCAAAUUUAGAUGGUUUAGAUUUUCUGUAGAUCACAAUGUUUUGAGGGUUACUGUAGAUUUUCCAAAUAUGAGGAUUACUGUAGAUCAAAUUUAGAUAACUAACUUUUUUUGUAGAUCACAAAGCUUUGAGGUUACUGUAGAUUCAUCUAGAUUACUGUAGCUAGAUUUUCUAGAGGCUAAACUAUUUUUGUACAAUGAGAUUUGUUUGAUCUGCAAGAAAAAAUCCCUAGAUUGGGGUACUGUAGAUUUCACAAAAAAAAUUUCUGGCAGCUGAAGAUCUGAAUUUGAAGAAUUCCAGUAGCUCAGCUCCUGAUAUAUUUUUCAAAAAAUAAAAAUAAAAAAUUUUUGAGUUACUGUAAAUCCAAAAUAAUUUUCAAAAAAUCAAUGAAGAUCUAUUAUUUCAGCCCUGGAAACCCAGCAAUCCAUGAAAAAAGAAAUCGAAAUCCUCUCAAAUCUACACUAUCAUCCAAAUUUUGUUCGAUUCGAAGGUUUGGUGACCAAAAGAAUCGGUGGAAUCGUAAACAUCAUUGGAUUAUUGAUGGAAAAUUGUCGUGGUGGAAGUCUCCGCCAAUACAUUCAAUCAGUCGGUUCACAAUUACGACGACAAGCAAUGUCAACUCCAAUGUCUGAUUCGCCACCAAGUUCUGGAUAUGAUAGUUUGAAUCGGCAUGAGAAAUUGAGUUCGGAAAUCUCUUCGGUGCAGAUGACUACGGAUAAUUCGGUGGCUAAUAUGUCGUUGAGAUUCUGCCAGUUUUCGGAGCAAAUUGGAGCGGCGCUGGUGAGUUUUGGGGGGAGUUAGAGAGUUAGAAAGCAUAGAGAUUCUAGAGAUCUAGAGAUCUAGAAAAAAAUGUCAGGAUUUCUGAGCUACAGUAAUUUUUGAAAAAUUUGACCAAAAUUACUGUAAUUUUGAAGCUGAGAAGUCCUAUCAAUUUCAAGAAACAAUUUGCAAGAAUCCAAUAAAUUUUGAGAUACUUUUCUUGAAAAUUUUUUUUUCAAAAAUGAAUAAUUUUGAGAUACCGUAACUUCUAGAAAAAUCGGAGCUAAGAUUGGUCCUUCAAAUCUUGAGAUACAGUAACUUCUGUAGCAGUACGGUACAAAAAUCAAAUAAAUUUUGAGAUACCAUAACUUCUGGUAAAUUGAAGCAAAAAUUAAUUCUUAUAAAUAUUUUCAAAUAAAAAUAUUUAACUACAGUACUCCUCAGAUUUGGCGCGAAAUGUAGGAGAUUUUGACGCACAUUGAAUUUAUUCACUGAAUUUAAAGAAUUUCAGUAAAUCUACACAAAGAUCUAGUGAAUUUUUAGAUACAGUAACUCUCAAAAAUUAACUCGAUGAAUUUUGAGUUACUGUAAUUUCUGAAAAAUUUUCUGAAAACAUUCAAAAUUCAAAAAAAAGGCUUCAGAGAGCUUCAGAAAGCUUGGGAGGACUUCAGAAAGCUUUAAAGGACUUAAGAGGGCCUCAAAAGGCUUCCGAAGGCUUCCUAGGGCAUCAGAAGGCUUCCAAAGGCUUUAGAUGGCUUCCGAAGGCCUUAGAAGGCUUUACGAGGCUUUAAAGGGCUUCAAAGGGCUUUAGAGGGCUUCAGAAGGCCUCAAAAGGCCCCAGAAGGCCUCAGAAGGCUUCCGAAGGCCUCAGAAGGCUUCCGAGGGCUUUAGAAGGCUUUACAGGGCUUUAGCAAGAUUGUUCUCCAGAAAUAAAUCAAUAAAAUUUUUCCAGGAACAUCUACAUCGCUACGGAAUCAUCCACACUCGCGUCACAACAAUCGCAAUCUACCUGGUCAAAGAUUUCAUCAAUCCACUAGAUGUUCUAUGCGAUCAAACUGUGAAGUUAGGCGAUUUCGGAAUGUCGGCAAGUUCAGCCGACGAAGCUCACGUCGAUCAAACUGUCAUGCCGCCCGAAGUUUGUAUUGGCAAAAAAUACGAGGCGAAGGGUGAUAUUUGGCAAUUCGGAACUUGCUUGGUCGAGAUGUGCAGUCUUGGUGUUAGCUAUCAAAUGCAGAAGGAGAUUCCGACGAGUGGAAUUGAGGAAUUGUGAGUUUUGCGAUUUUUGAAGAUUUUCUAGAAUUCCUGAAAGUCUAGAAAGCCUAGAAGAAGAUUCUUGAUUCUUCAGAAGCCUAGAAGGUCAAAAAAGAUUCUCCUGAACUUUUCUGAAAGUCGGCCUGAAAAUAUCUAGAAGGCCAGAAAGUCAAAUAGAUUCUCCUGAAUUUUUCUGAAGCCCGGAAAGAAUCUAGAAGGCCUGGAAUAUUUUUUUUUUAUCUGGAAGCUUUUCUGAAAGCCUGAAAAGAUCUAGAAUAAGAUCCUGGGGAUUUUUCAGAAGCUUCUCAAGUAGAUUCCUUUUCUGAAAGCCUCGAAAGAUCUAGAAGGUCUAGAAGAUUUAGAUUGAGAGCCUGGAAAGAUCUAGAAGACCUAGAUAAUUUUUCUGGAAGCCUAGAAGGAUUUGGGGAUUUUCCUGAAUUUUCUGAAAGCCUAGAAGAACUUGGUGAUUUUUCUGGAUUUUUAGAAGCCCGGAAAAAAUCUCGAAUAUUUUUAAAAAAUUUUAUAAAAUUUUUGGAACCCUGAAAUAUCUCUGGGAUUUUUUUCUUCAUUUUUAGAAAUCUCGAAAAAUUCUGAUUUUCAGAUGAUUUUAAAAAAUUUCAGAUUAAAAAAAAGUAUUGAUAUAAUUUUGAUAUUUUAGUCACAGUUAGCCUAAGAUCUAUUCAGAAAUUUUGAAAAUUCGAAAAUUGGUUUCAAUUGAGAUUUCUAGACUUCGAAGUCUUCAGAAGGCUUUUCGAGGCUUCAGAGGGCUUCAGAAAAUUUCAGAAGGCUUCAGAAAGCUUCGGAGGCCUUCAGAAGGCCUAAAAAAAGGCUUCUGAGGGGGCUUCAGAAAGCUUCAGAAGGCUUCAGAAGGCUUCCCAAGGCUUCAAUGGGCUUCAGAAGGCUUCAGAAGGCUUCAAAAGGCUUCAGAAGGCUUCAAAGGCUCCCAGAACUCAGAAAAAUUCAAAACCCCAAUAUUUUCCAGCGACAAACUGCCAGCCACCAAAGUCUUGCACGACGCCGCCAAAAAAUGUCUGAACCUCCGAAAUAGACCCUCGGCUUCGGAUCUUCGAGCCGUCUUCCAAACCGACACCGCGCGCGAUCUCCGAACUCUUGCAAUUGCGAAUCUCGAAAAACAUAAUCAAUCUCUACUAGUCUGA